AUGGAGCUCCUAGAGGAAGAUCUCACCUGUCCCAUUUGCUGUAGCCUGUUUGAUGAUCCUCGUGUCCUGCCCUGUUCACACAAUUUCUGCAGAAAGUGUCUGGAAGGAAUUCUUGAGGGAAACAUGCGGAAUGUGCUUUGGAGGCCAUCCCCGUUCAAAUGCCCCACGUGCAGGAAGGAAACUCCUGUUACUGGAGUCAACAGCUUGCAAGUCAACUAUUCCCUGAAAGGUAUUGUGGAGAAGUAUAACAAAAUCAAAGUCACUCCGAAAAUGCCUGUGUGCAAAGUGCACAGCGGGCAACCCCUUAACAUUUUUUGCCGGACAGACAUGCAGCUCAUCUGCGGGGUUUGUGCCACCCGCGGUGACCAUACAAAGCACGUGUUCUGUUCUAUUGAAGAAGCUUAUUCCCAGGAGAAGCGGGCUUUUGAAACCCUGUUCCAGGGCUUUGAGACUUGGCGUUGUGGAGAUGCCCUCUCGCGGCUGGAUACCUUGGAAACCAGUAAGAGGAAAGCUCUGCAGAUGCUGACCAAAGAUUCUGACAAAGUGAAGGAGUUCUUUGAGAAGCUGCAGCACACGCUGGAGCAGAAACGAAAUGAGAUUCUCUCUGACUUUGAGACCAUGAAGCUUGCAGUGAUGCAGGCCUACGAUCCAGAAAUCAAUAAACUCAACACAAUUCUGCAAGAGCAACGGAUGGCUUUUAACAUCGCAGAGGCCUUCAAAGAUGUGUCUGAACCCAUUAUAUUUCUGCAACAGAUGCAGGAGUUCAGGGAAAAAAUCAAGGUGCUCAAAGAAACCCCUUUACCUUGUUCCAGUGUCGACAUCAGCCCUACGAUGAAGAGCUUUGAUACCAGCCAGUGGAAUGGAAUAAAACUAGUUGAUGUGGACAAACUUUCCUUGCCUCAGGAAAAUAACACUCUUAAAUUCAAGAUUCCCUCAGUCUUUUCACGCAGAUUUAUAGUGACCUCUCUUAUUUGCUUGCUUAUUCUUGCUGUCACCAGAAUGUCCUUUGUGGAGUCAGUCGUCGACAAUCUCCAGUGCUGGAAAUCUCAGUUCUUUACAAUUAGCUUGUCCUAUUUGGCAGAUACAGUGGAGAUAGCAGAUCAUGCAGUCUUUUACUGGGAACAGAUGACAGAUGGAGCUUCACUCCUAAGAGAAAAGUGUAAAAACUAUACAUUGGUUGUACUGGAUAAUGUUGCACAGUUUGUGUGCAAAUAUAAACUGUUGUGA